AUGGGUGUCAAUGAACACAGGGUUGGUGUGUCGAUCAACACAGAUGUUUUUGACUCUCGAGGAGCCGGGCAGAGAGGUCUGUGUCGAUCGACACAGCUGGUGUGUGUCGAUCGACACGGGUUAAAAUCAGACAAUGAUAGGGCUCUUGCAUCAGACAAGGCUGGGGGAUCGAAAUCCAAGAAACAGAGGUGUACUGCAAUCGUCAAGGUUGAAUCGAAAGGGGUUCCGAUGUCUCACCAUCUUCGAAACNGAAGUCGUCAUCCUCCUACGAAACUAACCAACAGUUCCACUCCCAUGGAUAUAGAAGAUGAAAAUGGAGAUUCUGAAUCGGGGAACAGGGUGUCUCUGACGCAUNAGGGGUCAGAUCUGGCGGCUGGAAUGGCUGGUGUUGCAUCUGGAUCUGCAAAAAGUCGACAUGCAUUCCACUUGGAGGAGAUUUUGGAUGACACUGAGGAUGUAAGGCUCGCUUUCAUGAAGAGAUAUGAGGAAAAUCGCCGGAUUGUCUUUGCUAGGGACAGGAUGUAUCCGGAACUCAAGAACUGUGUAGUGGCUCCGUAUGACAACAAGAUAUGA